AGCAACAUGUUGCUCUUCUUCCCACUGGUUUUUCUCUCUACUACGUCAGGCCAAGCCGGCUUCAAUUUUGGCAUGAAUCCAGGCUUUCCGAGCUUUGGAGGAAACUCUGACGGUGGCAUGCGCUUGCAAUCUAGAGGCAACACCAACUCCAAUUUUAGAGGAAAGUAUACAACUACAUGUCUAUUCAACUUUUUGGCAAGACUUCCUAGGGGUUUAAAACUACACAUUCUAUAGGUGUUGAAAGAAUCUUUAACGCAGCCACAAAGAGACUUGCCGUUGACGCGAAUGCUAACGGUAACAACAGUCCUAGAUUCAAUUACAUGAAUGACAACAGCAGACAAGGCAAUACGGGGAUCAAUUUUCGACGGCCAUUUUCAGGAAUACAAAACUACGUUCAUCGUGAAGCUGCUUUGGGAAAAUACAAUCUACUCCACGAUCUGCGCUAUUUGCAAAAAACCGUUGGAUCUCGUCACCCGGAAAUGUUGAAAGUCAACAUAUCAGAAGAAUCACCGCUCGGCGAAUAUUCCACUGCCAAUCUGAUUGGAGAUCUGCGUGCAAUUGAAAAAUCACUAGCACAAGCUUUCCCGCCUAUUUGCAAAUUCAUACGAUUGCUGACUAGCAUUACACCAUCCUUUUCUCCAACCGACUUACCAACGGCAAGCGUCAGCCCCUCCAACAAGCCUCUUGCUUUGUCUAGACAAGAUCUAACUGUUCUGAAGGCCUUUGCAGCAAAGGUCGUCUACACAAAGAUGACACUUUCACAGAGAGAGGAGUCGCCAACUGCAUGAACUAACACUAGGCUCAGACCUUAAAGCGGUAGUUUUAUGCUUGCUCGGCGUAGCUGCAUCAUUGGUGUGUGUCUUUUUGGUGGAUAUGCUGUUUUGCUUGACUGCUUGCUUGCUUGCGUAACAAAGAGUGCAAUUCAAUACAGUGUAAAUGCACGAUGGCCUUGAAUUCCUAACAUGCACU